GUUGAUAUAUCGAUAACAUAUCAACUUCCCUUUUUAAUUUGUAUCAUAAUAAUUACAUAGUAGUAUUAAUGAGCAUUUACUGCUGCUGCAUCUAAAUGACCACUGCAUUGGCAUUCUUUUUGCUGCUGCUGUUCACGCCGCUCGCGCCACCGGCUCUGGCUCAGAUCCACCAAUCCCAAUACCAUACCGAUGAGCAAUUUCAUGAGGAACUGGUGGUGCGGCCACUUGCCGGCGACCAUGUAAACACAUACUUUCAAUUCACCACACGUUGGCACUAUGGCACUCGCAACAAUCUUUAUCACACACAGCUGACGCCGCGCGUCAUUGCCGAAAUACUGCAAACGUACGAUGUGAAAGAGCUGCACAUAGGCCUGACCCAGGGACUAUGGCGAUACGAGACUUGGGGCUAUCCCAUUGUUGAGGCAACCGGUGGCGCCGAGCUUUGGGCCUGGUUUAGUUCACCAAAUCUGACUAGCGAGGAUGUCGACAAACAAUGGAUGCGAUUGGCCAAUGUCUUCUCCGGCGUACUCUGUGCCUCGCUCAAUUUCGUCGAUAAUGCCAAUAGCAUAGCACCAAAGCAUUUAUUCCGUCCACAGUUUAUGCAUCUGGGCAAUCAGAGCCAGCAGUUCGUGCGCUACGCGACGCUGCCGCGAGAAAUUGUCUGUACUGAGAACUUGACACCAUGGAAAAAGUUGCUGCCCUGCGGUAGUGCCUCGGGCCUGGCUACUUUGCUCAACUCGGGCUAUGUCCAUAAUACUAAAUACCAUUCCCUGGGCGUUAAAGUGCGUACAUUGUGCGACAGCAACGACCCAAACAAUUGCAUUGUGGAGCUGACACAAACGGCUAAUCUGGUCUACGAUUUAAAACUGCUGGAGCAGAGCAGCACUGACUUCUCUCUGCGCCGUCUGUUCGGUAUGGGCCUAAACGGUUACUGCGAGCUGGCCACCAGUAGCAAUAUUUAUGUGCAGCGCAACGAGCAGGGUGAACGCUUUCAAUUGGUGCCACCACCACAACACGAGCUGACGAGCACAGUCGGUGGCUAUUCCGUUCUAUAUGGCGUCUAUGAUAUGCAACAACAGUUUGCAGGUCCUGGUGCGCGACUCUUCAACAUUGCCUGGGUGGGAGCUAAGGGAAACAGCAACAGGGAGCAAACGUUGCCGCCACCGCUCUAUGCGCAUCGCUAUCUAAUGGGCAAUGGCCAGAAGCGCGGACGCAUUGCCACUGAGGUGACCAACACCCAUUACGAGCCCCUUCCUGUUGUGCUCAUGGAGCUGGUGCCCUGGUAUGUGCAUGCCUAUCUGCACACGUUGCGUCUACGCAGCAAGCCGCAGCAUCUUCACGAGUACAGGGAUAAGAGGUUGAAGUUCAAACUGUUGCAUUAUGCGCCUGGCAAGCAGCGCGAGUUGCCCACACACCUGGAAAUUGGUUUUGUGCUGCCUGCACAGAGCAGCGCCCUGAUUACCAUUGAAGUGGACUAUCUGCUGCUUAAAUGGCUUGAAUAUCCGCCGGAUGCCAAUCAUGGUCAUUAUAUUGGCGCUGCCGUCAUUAGUAGCCAGCUGCCCAUUGGACGCAACUAUACGGCCCUGCCGCUGGAGGGGCAUCUCUUCAAGGACUCAUUCAAUGCCUCGCGUGCCUCAUAUAUACUGACAUUACGCACCGAGGCACUGAUUGUGUCGCUGCCCACGCCCGACUUCAGCAUGCCGUACAAUGUCAUCUGUUUGGCGUGCACCGUGGUGGCGCUGGCCUUUGGGCCCAUACACAGUGUCGCCACCAAGUUGAUCAUUGUGGAGCGCCAAACGACCAUACCGCGCAAUCUGCUGCGUAAGCUCUUCCAUAAGCUGACUAAUCGUGCUGGCAAGCGUUCGCCAGAUGCUGUUGGCGAUCAGCCGCUGAAACGGACACCAGCGGGGGAGGAGGAGGUCAAGCAGCAGCCAGAUCAGGCGGAAAGUAAUCAAUCUUGUGAUAAGCAGGUGCCCAUGUGAUAAACCCGGCAAGCGUUUGAGAGCGAGAGAGAGAUAGAGGGAGGGAGAGGGAGAGAGAGAUACACACGAUUGAUAGAAGCAGGGGAGAUAGGGAAAGUGGACAAGAGAUACUCGUAAGCAGCACCUAUUUAGGCAGCUGUUUCAAACAUAUUCCAAAGUACGCCAGUCAUUUUGAUACAUAUGCUAUUUAAAGAACUUUGGCAUGUCCUGAUUAUCCGUUACACGAAUAAAACGCUCCAUGUUCAUGUCCAUUUA